AUGCAUCAUCCAUAUACAGUAUCACCUGAUUAUUGGACAUUAGGUAUAAUUAUACAUGAAAUGGUAACUGGUGAUGCACCUUAUGAUCGAUCAUAUAGAUUAGAUACAAAUACAAACGAAACUGAAUCAUUUGAUUAUGAAUAUGAUUAUCGAUCGAAGAGUACGAUUGAAAAUGAUACAUCGGAUUUUAUUCGACUGUCAUCAAAACAUUAUAACAUGUAUCUUCGUAUAAUCAAUGGUUGUGCAUCAAUGAAUCUUAAACAUGUAACUAGAAAUUGUGCAUCAAUUAUACAUGGUUUACUUCAAUAUAAUAUUGAACAACGUCUUGGUUGUGGUGUACGUGGUGCUCUUGAUAUUAUUGAACAUUCUUGGUUUGAUCAAAUUAAUUUUUGGACAUUAUAUCAACAAAAAUAUAUUGCUCCAUUUAUUCCUAUACGUAAAUAUAUAAUUACAGAUCAACAUCAAAAUGAAACAAUACUUAAAUUUACUGCAAAAAAUCAAUAUGAAAAUGAAUUUAAUGAAUUUUAA